AUGGUCGACGACGCUAAGAACCCGCUUCGAACUGCUGUCGCGCGGGAUAUUGUGGACGCGAUUUUGAAGAUGACUGCGGACAAGCACAAUACGGCCGUUUACUGGAAUCAGAGUGAGCAGGAGCAAAGGCUGGAGGUGGCAUACCAGAAGUGGGCAGACCAUGGUGGAGUAUGGACUGUUGCAGCAACAAAGGUUCACCUAGACCAGCUCAGUCAUGUGCGAAAGGGAUGCCUCACGUGCCCUCGCCAAGACAUCCGGGCAGAUGGUAGUCACAUCGAGGGAUCACACAAGGGGUGGAAUAGCUUGCAGCGCUCUCAAGCCAGUGGGAUUGUCGUUUUCUCGGAAUUGUGCCAUGACUUUGUCUUGCGUCGCAACAUACAGGUAUCGUUCAAAAGUGCCUCUUCAAGUCCAUUCCUGCGUGCGACUCUCGGCUCUCAUCAUAUCCACCUUGUGAACAGUAUAGCAACAUUUUGGAACUCCCUGCUCACUGAAAACAAGCAGGCCUCGGGUACAGCUUCAAAUCUUCGAAGGAUCCCGGAGCUCCAAAUUGUUGCCAGUGGCGAGACAUUUGGUCUAGUGAACACCAAAAGUGCUGCCAACUACCACAACCUUCUCGAGCUCAAGAACGAACCCGAAGAGGAAUUGUAUGACUUGUCGGCACAAGCCGAGCUCAAUGUCGAGGAGAUGCUUCAACAGAUCGAUGUUAACCCCGAACUUCUUCGGCAGGCUCUAGCUAGUGGCUCGAAGACUCACCUCACUGCUACUGCUACUGGCUCGAAGUCGCAACUCUCUACCUGGUCUGAUACGUCCGAUCUCAAGCAAUCAGAUGUAGCGUGUGUACGUGGUGCAACAACGUACAGUCUGGCCAGCAUGUCAGACCCCUCCACAUCCACAGCAGUGGUGCUUGCCACGCCGAUCUCUUGUACACCGCCAUCUGAUGUCAUAGACGUCGACUCCGAGCUGCACGUGAGAAAGCAAAAAGCAAAAAGGCUGACCUUCAAUGUUGAGAGUGAAGAAGGCUCACCAUCUGUGCCGAAAAAUGCUCCUGUGCCCAUGGUGGGCAGCUCUUCUCAAGCCGGUAAGCGGAAGGUUGUCGUCGAUGGGCCCAACGAGGACAAGCGGGCACAGUCAUACUCUGGGCGAAGUCUACAGGAUGCACAUGCUUUGGAGUACAUCAGUGCUGGCAGCAAGCGGGUGAAGUUAAGUGUAGAGGGGUGGAAGUCUGCGUCAUUGGCGGUGCACAAUCCUCGGGUUGAAUCGGGCAAAACGGCCUCCCCCUCUGGCGGUGGCACUAGUACUAGUACCAAUGGCGUCUCAGCGGGUAUUGCCGACUUUUUCAGUUCAACACGUCGCAUGACUGCUGGAGCAGCUUCCAGCAAGAAUCCUGGCGAGACAACGGCUGCUGCGCCCUGCACCCGAUUAGAAUUUGCCCUUCCUCUGCUCAAUAUCUCAGGGCUCACGGCCUCUCAACGUCUUUUCUCCAUUUCCACUGGUGUUCAUGCCCUGUCUCUCACAAUCUCAACUGACAAUGAGUUCUACUUGUUUAUGGAUCUACGAAGCGAGCAGCGGUGGGUAUCCUACGACAUGACUCCUUGGAAAUGGGUUACCGCUGCAAACGACUACAAUCUCCGGCUUGAAGCACUCAACUGGUCGAAGGCAAAGUCUACCAUCAGGAAGACACCGCGUGCACUCAUGGAGAAGCUUGGCGAGAUCGAGCCCAAGCUUUUGGCGCAUCUCGCUUCAGGGAAAUUUACCUCAAAGCACACCAACAAUGAAAGCUUCUGGAAGCGGCACUGUAAUGCGGAAAAGUUGGGUUUUCCUGAUGUGGGGGGCCAGAUCCAAACUAUUGAAGAAGACUUACCGAGCUGGCCCCAACCAUUGGGUAUCUUCACGGGCGGCACCACCUUCAAUCCGGACAUCUUCCUGGAGACACUCCGGAAGAUGUAUGACGAACUCGUGCUCAAGCGCGAGUCAGGUGGGGCACUUUCGAUGGAAUAUGCCGCCUUCGCGACGCUGCUCAAGAAGCGCUUGAAGAUCUUCGAUGAAAAGGAUGGCCCUGCUGCUCUGUUCGAGCUCUACAGGGCCUUAGUGCUGAAGCCGAAUCGCGAGGAGCUGGUGGUCGAGCGGGACGGCAUCAGGUACCUGCAUGUUGAUUGCCUCGGAGAGGGCUCACUGAGCGGCAGUGGUGGCGGUGGCGACGGCGGCGGCGACAGCAGUGGCAGUGGUGGCGGCAACAGUGGCAGCGGUGAUAGUGGCGGCAGUGGCGGCGGCGGCGGCGGCGGCGGCAGCGACCCGAGCGACCACGACGGUGAGCCGCACGCUAUCUGA